CUCGAAUUAUAUAGUCCUACGGCAGUUUUCUUAUGGGUUGUGAUCCAUGUUUGUGUUGUACGGAUCAAUUGCCGAACAUUAGGAAUACUUACAAAAUGCUCCUGACUUGAAUUAGGGUUAGUCGUGUGUGAUUGACAUACAGUUGAUAUUGUGUUAUUGUGUAACGAAUUUGAAACGAGUUGCAGUAAUGGAGGACCAGCCGAUGCAGCCUAAAAGACCCCGAGACGAAGAAUCCCAGUCCCAGGCGACAGGAGCUGCAUUUCAGAUGGAUAGUGGUGCUUCGAUUCAAAAUCUCAACAUGACCAUUCAGCAGCACAUAUACGGGCCGUCAUCCUCUCUAACCGAUCAAGAAAUUUCAAGGUGUCGUGAUGACUUAAAAAGUUACUACAGAAGUAUUUGCAAAAUCCGAUUGCUGCCUUGGCUCAAGAGAGAUCUUCGCAAUAGAUUGGAAAUUAAGGAUUUAUAUACUAAUCUUUAUCUUAUCUGUGAAAUGCCGAAUGCCAUUGAUCUACAAGUCCAUAUCAAGCACUAUUCAGAAAUACUGACAUCAACGCCGGGAGAAGGGAUGCGGGCCCUCAUUCGCGGCAAAGCCGGUGCAGGUAAAACCACCUUGCUUGAAAAAAUUGCGCUAGAGUGGGCCGAUGGAAAGCUUCCACCAAGCUACAAUGAUAAACCGCUGUUAUUUUUAUUAAAAAUGAAACGUAUUAGCGACAAUGAUACCCUGAUUGAUGCUGCGUUUCGCCAAGGACUCUUUGGACAUGAUCUUCAGAAACUUAAAUCUAAACUAAGUGAUUUUGUCGAGGAUAAUCCAAAGGAGGUUAUCGUACUGCUCGACGCACUAGAUGAGUAUAGUGGGUAUAACAGUGGUGGAUACAUUGACAGCAUUAUACAUAAUGACUCGAUGAGGUGUGCUUCUGUUAUUGUAACGACGCGACCAUGGAGAGCUUUUGAAGUUCUCGACAAAUCGCCGGACACAUAUAGCAGUCGAAAUUAUGAAGUAAAAGGCUACACCCAGGUGCAAGUUAAUGAAUAUGUUAAUCGUUUUUUUGUGUCGAAGGCCGACAUUGGCAAGCAUUUACUAAGUCAACUGAGGGAAACUGGGCUUGACAUAGGAAUUGCUACCAUACCGAUAAUGUGUAUGCUUAUAUGUGUUGUGUUUCGUGAACUCAGGGCAGUACUCCCUCGGACAAUGAGUGAGUUAUAUGAAAAGUUACACGAUUUCCUCAUCCGACACUAUGAUGAAGACAAGGACUCUGAAACAAAGGUGUGUAAAACAGAUCAACUUAACGCUAUUGAGAAACUUGGUAAACUUGCCUUUAGUGGCCUACUGCAAAAUAAGUUAUCAUUUGAAGAAAAUGACUUUAAUGACACCAAUAUUUUAGAAAAUGCUUGCAGGAUAGGGCUGGUUGUACAUUCCAAUUAUAUUAACAAUAUGCCAGACGACGAUUUAUGCAGCAGCACUCAAGUAGACGUAUUGAGAUGCUGCUUGCCUGAAGAAGAGAAGCACUGUUAUGAAUUUUUCCACAAGACAUUCCAAGAAUGGUAUGGUGCAAGUUACCUAGCAAAACUCAGUAAAGAAGACAUCGGUGCAUUUGAACAAUCAUGUAAACCCGUUUAUAUUCACAUGAUAUCGUGCCUUGAUAAAGAACUACUCUUGCGUUUUUUGAGUGGAGCACGCCCCAUGGACGCCGCAGAAUUAGUUAUCAGGCAGCUUGUUAUUGUUUUUCUUAAUUCUCCAGAUUUAUUAGACUAUAAGGAAAACAAGCUAGAUUUACAGAAAACAAGAAUUAUGCAAGAGUUUAUUGAACUGAUUUUGAGGUGUAAUAGAGAAAGCCAAUCGGAAGGUAAAUUCAAUGCAUUGUUGAACGAAAUGUUUGAAAAACAAUGUUGUGCGCGAUUCACAAAUAUUACUUCAACCACUCUUCAAGCAAUAGGCUAUAUGCUUAAGUUCGGAGGAGCGACGAAUGAGUCUUCGCGUGUUGACUGUAAAUUACGCAUUAGAGAUCUCAAGAUUAGUUGCUAUAGUACAGGUACUGAUGGUGACAUUGAUCAUUUGUGGGGAGAAUUUCAAGCAGUCGGAGAGCAAUACAAAGCGAAAUGUAAAACUCUCUCAGAUCUGCCCCGUUCUAAGCUCGAGUCGAUUUUCGAACAGGUAAAGGACAUUUUGCCAAAAGGUAUCGAACAUCUACAACUGGCUAGUAAACUAGCGUUUGCAGACACGUGUGAGUUUAUGCAGAAAUGGAAGGGUGACUAUUCUCAUAUAUGUAGUGUUGUGGAAAACAUACGUUUCUCUGAAAUAACAAAUUUGACCAUUAAUGGCAUAGAUCUUUCGGACCAUUGUGCAAUUCUUUGUAGGAGUCUAAAAAACAUGAAGUCACUCAAAAAGUUGGAUCUAGGUUCUACCUCACUGAAAGCUAUGCAUUGCAGAUUCAUUGGAGAAAUGUUGGAGUCACUAUCAGAAUUAUGCAUAUUAAAUCUGAAUAAGAACAAACUCGAAGAUAUCAGUGACAUCGUACAACGACUCAAAUACCUGCCAUGCCUGACUAGACUAGACUUGGAAACCACUCAUCUGACGACAAGCAGCAUUGCUGCUCUUGGUCAAAACUUAAAGUACGUGCGUAAGCUGGAGAGAUUUUACAUACGUUCUAGUCCCUUGCAUAAUGGGGCUGUGGAAGAUUUAGUGAGUGGCUUAUAUAAGGUGUCAGACCUUAUACGUUUGAAUAUUACACUAGGAGGAAAAGACCAACUGUCAUAUGAAAACAUUACAAUUUUAGUAAAAUGUUUGAGUGCUAUUCAAAACAUAGAACUUUUAUUCAUAGAUGGUCUGUUUUCACCGAUAAUAGACAAUGUGUUUCUGUUGCUGGCUACAGAUCUUCUGCCAAGCCUUAAAAAAUUGAAAUCAUUAAGACUUCAAGGUAGGCUUGGGCUGUCUCUCGAGGAAGCAAAACAUCAUGCGAUAGGGAACGCAACAGCUAAGGUAUUCGCCAGAAACUUAAAUACGAACAGUCUUCCUAAUUUAAUGGCCCUACGUUUGAUUUACUUAUGGGUAGAAAAGGAGGGUCUAGAAGCAAUACGCACUGAGGUCAGAUGUCGCAUACAAGAAAACAACAGUUUUCAAUUCGAGUUGUACCCUAACGAUGAUAAUGAGGGAGAUUCUGCUUAUGUACCACAAGCUGUUCUAUUAAGUAAUCUUAACCCUGCCUCGACGAAAGAGUAAAUCAUAGACUUUAGACUAAUUUCAAGAAUGACCAACACGGUUGAGAGUGUGUCCACUGUACAUGACCAUCGAUUUUCCAAUAGGUUGUUAUCUUACCACUUCAUUGCCUAGGAUUACCCACACGAAGUUGGAAAAAGACGGAUGUUAAAGGUUCCAAAGAUGUUGUGGUGGUGAUGGUUCUAGUAGGAGCCAUAACUCCUAAGGAAUCUAAUGUGUAGGAGUACCCCAGGAGGGGUAGAAAUGUGGUAGAAUGACAGGAAAGGUCCACCACUGCAGUUUAAUGGUGAAGGUUGUGAUGAUGGCGACGACCUCUACGAUGAUGAGUUUGGUGAUGAUGAUGAUGAUGAUGAUGAUGGAGAGGUGGUCUGACCCAAGGCUUUCAGACCUUUUCGAUACUUUUAUCAUUUGUAAACUCUUGCAUGUUUUUAAUCGAAAUUUUAAAGGGGCUGUGCAAUUUAUAUUCUAGAUUUGAAAUUUGUAGUAAUAAAAAAAAUAAUAAAUAUAGAUAAAAUCAUACUUUCUAGUAUUUAUAUAUAUAUAUAUAUAUAUAUAUAUAUAUAAUAUAUAUAUAUAUAUAUGUAUGUAUAAACUAUACAAAAAAAGAGAAUUAUUACACCAUCACACUUAAUUCUUCCAGUCAAAUGCUAAUGAAUAAUAGAGAAUAGUGGUUGCGAUAAAGUUAAAAUUGAAAUAAAGUAGUACAGAAGAAUGAAUUAUUUAACUAUACAAAAAAAGAUAAUGAUUACACAAAUUCUCCCAGUCAAAGGCAAUUGCAAUUGAUUAAUAGAGAAUGGUGGUUAUCCAUAAAACAAUGGAAGAACCGUCUAUCUUCAGGGAGGGGCUGAUCCUUUGUGUCUGUUUUUUUUAAAUUAUUUAUUUUGUUUCAAUAUUAAACCUAUAGUGUGCAGUAUUUUGAUUUCGUGAUCUCUAUUUUCUUACC